AGCUUGCAAUAGAAGCUGAGUCGAUCAAGUUUGGUGUUCCAGGGCUGCGGCUGAGUGUGGAGAAGUCGGGGAAGCCACACAACAUGGCGAUGACAUUUGUGCCACGACUAGCGAUAUCUGAGCAGAUUGUGAAUUGGAGAGUGAAGCGACAGUUGGAGAGACGACGUUAAGACGGAUGGAUAGAAGGGCCGAGCCUGAUUAUCACGGAUGGGCCAGGAACAGGUUAGCAUGUCUCAUGUUUGCAGGGGGGCGGUGUUCCAGGAGCGUAGCUAAUCCAAGACCAAAUAAUUCACUGCAGCCCCCAGCCCCCAAGCAAAGCACACUACUACCUAAUCUCACAACCUCACAAUACCACCCACCCACACCGCUGCCACUACCGCCGACUGUUCAUGCCCACUGCCACGACGACGACACGCCUAUUUCUAUAAUCCUCUCGCGACGCUGCUGCUCCCUUGGACGCGCUGUUGCGACGUGCAUGCUUGUGAAACACCCGCGACAACUCCGCAUUGUCUCCCGUCCGUCAGCUGCCCUCCCUCUCCCAAAGAACGAACAGUCCACGCACACACGACCUGAGCAUUCCCGCUACGACCACACGCAUACACGCAAACAUCUUCUACCGCAGCCGUCCUCUACACACCGCCCUGAGCUGCCAUCGUAUAGCGCCCGGCCUUGCGCUGGCCAGCCCUGGCACUGAUUGCGCUACUCUCGUGCUUGGCCGUCACUCGACAACGACACAGUCUGCGGACACUGGAUGCGCACCUGGACAUGAGAAACAAUGACGCGACCGCAAAUAAUUAGAGCAGGUACGACUUCGAGUGUGAGUAUGUUGUGGC